ACCCUUCCUGUCUUGGACUUUAACCCAUAUUACUGAAGUAAGAGGCUGUGGCAUCUCUCCUUCCGCCAGUUCUGCCUCUCUGGACUAAUACAGGGUUAUUAACAGGAAAAAGACAGCAAUGAGAGGAGAACGGUGAAAAGUACCAUCACCACAAAGACCCCGGAUUCGUACUCUACAGGAAUGGAUGUGAGAACGUUGGAGAUUCCGGCUGAGCUAUCGGCCAGACUACGCAGCGCAGCAGGGCGGCAGCACGUAUCAGGGGUGACAGAGGUGGCACCUCCACAGGUGAAAGCACAAAACACCCUAAUCCUGCCCCUCGAUAUCGACAGCUACCCCUUCUCACGAUACGCCAACGCCACACUGAAGGAUGGCUGGUGUCAGCCACAGGGCUACUCCCUCCAGCGACCGCUGACCUCUCUGGAGCCUGAAGAUGCUCAAACCGCUCUGGAGAUCCACAAACUGAUACUGCGUUUUGCAGGGGACAGUGAUCUGAGUGGCUGGCAGGAGCAGAUGUUGGGGAACUACAUUGUGGAGCAGGGCCAGACUAGACCCCCCCUGAGGGAUGAGAUCCUAGCCCAGCUGGCCCACACCACCUGGGGCAGGGAGUCAGAGGAGGUGGCGCUGCGGGGCUGGUUGUUACUGGCCUACUGCCUUAGUACAUUCACCCCCUCCCCAGCCCUGGACAAACCCUUGCUCAAGUAUGUAUCUGACAAUGGUCCAGGUGAAUAUCGUUCUCUGUGCCAGCACAAACUCCUCACCUCCCUCAAGUUACCCUCCCCUGCCUCCCGCCUUCACCCCCCCUCCCAGCUGGAGUGGACAACCAAUCAGAGGAGAGGAAAUAUGGUGAUGGACAUACAUACCUUCAACGAGGAGAAGAUGACAGCUGAGGUAGAGUCCUGGACCACAGGGGAGCAGCUGGCCUCGUGGCUGCUCCACUUCAGAGGGUUACCUGAGGCUCCACGGGGCUGGUCUGUGUCGCUGCUAGCUGAUGAGGGCUGGUCUGAUCUGGCUGGAUGUGACUUUGUCUUGGACCUGUUGGCUGGAGCAGAGACUGAUGCUACACUGGAGAUCGCACACGCAGACCCUGACUACCUGUUCAACAAUGAGGAAGACGGGAUGAUUACAACAGAUCUAGAUGGCUUCAUCCCCCCGGCCCCCUCCAUUCCGGCCCCUUGUCUCCCCCAGCAGGGCCGUAGAGACUACCAGCAGUCCGAGGGUUCUGGUCAGAUGGACUGCUAUCUGGAUGACCUCUUUGACCCAGUGAUGGACCAGGGACCAGGGGACCAGGAGCGUAUGGCCAAGUUGAACAGGAGGAUGAGAGGAGGAGGAGGGAUGUAUAGACCAGGUGUCCCAAUGACAAUGCCAGGCUAUUCUAUGGGAAUGCCAGUGAACCCUGCCAUGCAAGACUACAGGGCUCCAAUGAUGCCAAGUAUGAUGACAGCUGCCCCCAUGCCUAUGAUGCCAACCAUGAUGGCACCCCAGCCAGCUGCACCAGGCCUGGACCCCCAGCAGAUGGCAGCACAGCAGCAGGCUUUCAUCAACCAACAGGCCUUGCUCAUGGCCCAGCAGAUGACAAUGCAGGCGAUGACUAUGUCCCAGCAGCAGACUCAGGAGCAGCAGCGACAGCAGCAGCGGCGCCAGGCUAACCUUCGACCCGUCACACCCCCCCUCGCCCCCUCUCCACCGGCCCAGACACAGACACACCACUCUGCCCUCUCACCCCCAGCCCAGACACAAACACUCCCCCGCGCCCCUCCGCCGCUAACCACACCCAGCCAGAGGAAACCACAGAUACAGCACCACAUACCUGAGCCAGAGAGAGAUGUGGACGUUGUCAGUCCAGACCAGCUGGACUCUUUCAAGGACAAGAGAGAGUUCUUCCAGAAGAUUGGUUCUCAGCCAAAGCCAGCAGCCAAACCGCCAAAGCCUUGCCCUGCUCCCAGUAGCACCCCCAAACAGACCCUUCCCCGCUCUCCCUCCUCCUCCCCACCCCCAGCACCCAGGACUUGGCAACGUCCCGGAGGGAGCACCCCCAAACAGACCCUUCCCCGCUCCCCCUCCCCACCUCCAGCACCCAGGACUUGGCAACGUCCCCCGUCUCCUCCUGCCAGAGAACCAGACCGCCCCAGCCCCCCUGCCUCGCCGCCCCCUCCCAGCACCAGAAUCCGUGACAUUAUUAAACAGUACCAAAACCGCCCUGUCAACGAUCCAAAACCCUUGAAACCAAUCAGGGUUCCAGCACAGUCGUUUGUGAAGAAGAAAGAUCCUAAAGAGGAGGCCCUUUCUAUCCUCAGACAUAACGCACCUGUACAACAGCACAAGAGACAGCCUCCCCCUGCACGGCAGCCCUCUCCUCCCUCCACCAGAGGGCCUCACUCCAUUUCCAACCACAUGAAGCAGAAACAGCGCUCCCUUGCCGACCUGUUCGGCACUCAGGAACGCUCCGAGAACCCUCCGCCUGCUCCCCCCGUGUUCGCCCCUCCUCCUCCCCCAGUCCAACACAUCUAUGAGAGCUUGCCAGACCCUCCCACCAAGGCUGCCCCCACACUCAAUCUGCUGUCUGGGGAGGAGAGUGUUCGCUCCCAGCUCCACAGGUUCUCUGCCAGCGUCUACUUCUCCUACUCGGCUAUGCCUGGCAAACUGUUCCUACGCAAAGAGGUGUUUUACCCCAGAGAGAAGUUCAACCACCCCUACAUCCUCAAUCUCCUCUGUGAGCAGAUCAUGAGAGACACGUACUGUGACACCUGUGUGAGGAUCUCCAGAGAGGAGAGGAGGAAAAUGAAGGACCUACUGGCCAGUUUCAAUGUGGGUACAAGUGUCAGCUUGGUCCAGGAUGACACCAUGAAGAAGAGGAUAGUGAUGGCUGCCAGAGACAACUGGGAAAACUAUUUCACAAGACUGUUCCCUGUCAAAGGUGAUACCAGCGGGGACACCCAGGUGUUGGGUGUGUCUCAUCGUGGGCUUCGUCUGCUGAAGGUGGCCAGAGCAUCAGGCAUCAACCCCAAACACCUGAUCCUGCUACGCAGCUACAGCUACGCGGAGCUGCUGUCGGUGAAGCAGCGGUCUGCAGACAUGGUAGAAUUCAGUCUGAAAGAAGAACAGCUGCAGCUGCAGAGCAACAGAGCUGCUCAGAUCACCGCCGUGGUCAGGCUGUUCCACCAAGAACUCGUCGAGGGCUCGGAUCAUGUGAUCGCCCUGAAGAGCUUUGAGACGGUCGACAAGAGCCUGCUCAACUUCCGCAAGGGUGACAUCAUCAAACUGCUGCCCAUAGAUGGCCUCAAACCAGGUUGGUGUUUCGGUUCCAUUGGGGGGCGCUCGGGUCUCUUCCCCACGGACAUCACUCAGCCGUCUGCCCCUCCUGACUACCACCAUGUCCACCUUGACCGCCGCGACGAGAGGAGAAAGAGCAUGAGAGCUCCAACCCCCAGACCCACCUCCCACAACGGCUCAGCACAGCCCAGCCGAGAUGGCUCCGUCCUGGGGUCGGCUCGGUCAGUUCAGGGUAGUGAGAUGAAUGGCGUACAGACGUUCCUGAUGACAGAGUUUGCCAUGAAAUACUUCAGAGAUGCUGACACGAGCAUGGAGGGUAUAGGUCUUCUUGAUGGAGGUCGAAACUACUCAGAGAUGGUUCAGUACACAGAGGUUCCAGUUCGGGAAUCUCUCAUCCUGUACUCUGAUCCUGAUCUUAAUAACCUGGCUGUCCAGGCCUUCAUGAGUGUGAUGCAGUUCAUGGGAGACCAGCCUCUGGGGAAUCACAAGUCUGAGGAAGACUGUGUCAGCCAUGUCUUGAUGCUGGGGAAGGAGAAGGAGUUCCUGAGAGAUGAGAUCUACUGCCAGGUCAUUAAACAGACCACUAACAACACUCACAGGCAGAGCUGUACCCGAGGUUGGCGUUUAUUGAACCUGGUAACAGGGUUCUUCCCCUGUUCUGGCACUCUCAAUCCCUACGUCACACAACUCUUACGAAACAUCAGCCAAGACCCCUCACACCCUUACCAAGAGCUGUCUCAAUACUGUAAGGAGAACCUGUUCCGGUCUCUGAUCCACGGAGGUCGCAGACACGUCCCUUCUCAAGUAGAGAUGGAAGCCAUACUGGCUGGCAGAAGCUCUCGCCGGUUCCCCAUCAAGCUGCCGGGUGGAGUAGACUUCCCCUGUAAGAUACGCAGCUUUAGUGUGGCCCAGGAGGUGGUGGAAGAGCUGUGUACAGAGAUGGGCAUCCAGGACCUGUCAGAAGUCAACGAGUUCUCUAUCCAUGCCAGCCGGGACCAGGAGGGGAUGACGCGGCCAAUCCACCCUGAUGAGUACCUGUUUGACUUCCUUUUGGAUGACGGCUCCAUGUUCCUGUCCUUCCACCGCGUCAUGUGGACACACCCCCUUCACUUCGACAAUGACCUGUACCUGGAGUUCCACUUCCAACAGGUCCUGGGUGAUUACCUGAAUGGCAAACUGCUGCUGCCAAGCGGUGGUGCCAAUGUUGUCCAGCAGAUGGCAGAGCUGGCUGUCCUGCAGCAUCUGGCACAGGGUCUUACUCAAGAGCCCUCUGUGCCUGAACUGAAGGAGUACCUCCCACGACAGGAAGGGGGCAGCACCAACCUGGAGCAGAUCCACUCUAUUUCCCUCAGAGAGAGAACCACCAUGCUGUCCCUCAGCCCCAGCGAUGCCAAAGCACGCUUACUCGAGUGCCUGAGCUCCCUACCUCUGUUCGGCUCUAAUAUCUUCCUGGCUCAGAAGGUCAGCCAUCGCAGCUGCCCCUCGCCCUGCCUGGUGGCUGUCAACCAAGAGGAAGUCUUGUUCUGCCAUCCCAAAACACAGGAGCGGGCGUUUGUGAUCCCGUUGGUGGAAGUGCAGUCACUGAGCUUGGUCAAAUCCAAGCAAGACAAGAAGGUGCCAGGAGUAGAGAUCAAAUACGGCAACCCAGGACGCCCAAAAACCAUCACCGUCCACCUCAAGCAGGCCAAGGAGUUGUGCCACAUCAUUGCUGUCAUUAUGGAGAAGCUGGUACAACCACCCAUCAAUAGUUCUGUCUCUAGCCGCAACUAGUAGAUACGCGCACACACACACAUACUACACACACACACACACACACACCCACACACACACACACGCACACACACGCGCACACACACACACACCCGCGCACGCACACACACCACACACUCGCGCGCACACACCCACACCCACACACACACCCACACACAGACACACAGACCCACACACAGACACAGACCCACACACAGACACACAGACACACAGAGACACAGAGACACAGACCCACACACACACAGACACACACACACACACACACACAGACACAGACACAGACACACACAGACACACACAGACACAGACACAGACACAGACACACACCACACACCCCCCCCUAGAUGUCUCAGGAUCAGCCUAUUGAUCAACAGGCCUGCACUGAUGAUUAUCAAAACAGAUCAAUGCCUUCAUAUUUUUAUCUACAUCAUUUAGUUAUUAAAAAUCGACAGAUUACAGCUAUGAGUACCAAUUCCUUUGUACAUGUUUAUAUAACCAAUGUAUCAAUGUGAAGAUUUAUUUGCAAUAAAUGUGUGUAAUUUAAGGCCAGGCACCACACCCUCACAGGGUAAUUUUUUCCCCUUAAUCAAUAUAGCAAUUAACUUUUACCAGUUGAAUGCAGACACAAUUAUAAUCUUUUUUUGUAUUACAAUUCUUCUGAAAUAUUUUGUUUAAAUAUGCAAAUGAGGCAAUAUCUAAUUAAAUGGCCACAUAUUUGCAUAUCAUGCAAAUCUAAUUUGCUGGACACUGGAUAAAGUCAGUCUAAAUAUUUUGGUUUAAUUUUGUUAAGACACUCUGACCGGACUUGUCCAUAGCAGAUUGUGGAUAAAUACUUAUCUUUCUAUCUGUGAAAUACUAGACAUGCACAUAAAGUGCAUUUUUGGUGCAUUUUUCCAAUGAAAAUGUUAUCUAGAAUAAAAAAAUGUACCACAUACAAUAUAUGUACAAAAGUUUGUGGACACCCCUUCAAAUGAGGGUAUUCGGUUAUUUCAGCCACACCUGUUGCUGACAGGUGCAUAAAAUCGAGCACACCGCCAUGCAAUCUCCAUAGAUUAACAUUGUCAGUAGAAUGGCUCAGUGACUUUCAAUGUGGCACGGUCAUAGGAUGCCAUCUUUCCAACAAGUCAGUUCGUAAAAUGUCUGCACUGCUAGAGCUGCCCUGGUGAACUGUAAGUGCUUUUAUUGUGAAGUGGAAACAUUUAGGAGCAAAAUUGUCUCAUCCACGAAGUGGUAGGCCACACAAGCCCACAGAAUGGGACUGCCAGGUGCUGAAUAACUUCAGGACUCAGGAGCAGUAGAAAUGUGAUGAAUCACGCUUCACCAUCUGGCAGUCUGACGGGCGAAUCUGGGUUUGGCGGAUUCCAGGAGAAUACUACCUGCCUGAAUGCAUAGUGCCAACUUUAAAGUUUGAUGGAGGAAUAAUGGUCUGGGGCUGUUUAUCAUAGUUCGGGCUACGCCCCUUGGUUCCAGUGAAGGAAAAUCUUUCCAGGAAAACGCUACAGCAUACAAUGACAUUCUUGACGAUUCUGUGCCUCCAACUUUGUGACAACAGUUUGGGGAAGGCCCUUUCCUGUUUCAGCAUGACAAUUCCCCCAUGCACAAAGCGAGGUCCAUACAGAAAUGGUUUGUUGAGAUCGGUGUGGAAGAUCAUUUGGAACGACGACUGCGAGCCAGUCCGAAUCGCACAACGUCAGAGCCCGACCUCACUAAUGCUUUUGUGGCUGAAUGGAAGCAAGUCCUCUCAGCAAUGUUCCAACAUCCAGUGGAAAGCCUUCCCAGAAGAGUGGAGGCUGUUGAAGCAGCAAAGGGGGAACCAACUCCAUAUUAAUGCCCAUGAUUUUGAAAUGAGAUGUUCGACAAGUCCACAUACUUUUGGUCAUGUAGUGAUUCAACAAUUCCUUCAGGGGAAGUCUGGAGAAUAUAUUUAAGGAUAACCACACAAUAUGUUGUAAAUGCAGAUGCUUCUGAAGCUGAGAAAAACUAGUUGUGGGAAAAGUUCUUUUCAUGAAGUGGCAAUUAAAGAACACUGAAUUUGGAGGCCAAAUGCCUUUUUAUACCCAAUCACCAUCUCUUCAAAGUAGGUUACUGAAUAUAGUCCAGUUUGUAACACUAUCUAUGCAAUGGUCUUUUACAUUUUUGGUAAUUUAAUGUAGUGAGUUUUGAAAUGAUUCAUAUAUGUCCAUUUUAAAGUGGCACUAUAGUAUGAUAAACUAAAGAAAAUAUAAUUUUUUAUCAAGUUUAAAAAACAUGUUAUGCUUCUUUUUAGAAAUUACUCAUAUUAUAAAAAAUACCAAGAAAUCUCAAAGUAGAAGCAAAAAUGUAAUUUCAGACUGUAGUGCCUGGCCUUAAAAAUAUUUUGGGGAUUGAUGUUCUUGUUUACUUUGUGUAUAACUAUUAAAAAGCUUGAUGAAUAAGG